CCCAAAUUCCGACCCAGAAAAACCGCGGGAGCGAUGAACUGACUCAGUUGAUGAACUCUGUGUUUUGUUUACCCAUUUAUUCUAUUCUAACCUCACAAUUGAAUAUAGGUUUCCAUGCUAUGAUGAUGUCUUAGUACUAGUCUCAUUAUGAGUGUGAAGAAGAGUAGUCGACCUCGAGAGGGUCACCUUCAAGGACCAUUGGAGCGGAGGGAUGCCAUCUUCACAAAUCUCCUCUUGCUUGGCUUUGACAGGAGUGACAUGGAAGGAAAAUUUAAUGUGCCAUUUACAAAGGAUAUGUUUGCUGUUCCCAAUAAGAAGUGCUUUGAAGUAGUAAUGCAUUUUCUCUUUGAAAAGCUGAAUCUCCCUAUGGCUCAGGAUCGCUUCCGAUACUGCUGGCCAAUUACAGAUAAGAAGCAAGAACAGGCUUUUCGUAAAGUAGUUAAUAGCUGGCUGACCGAAAUUAAGGAAGAGGAAGAUUGUAACCUGCCUAGGAUUGUGCCUUCUCUUUUUCUGUCUCCUGGGGGAGACAAAUUCUAUGUGUUCUUGCUCCAUUUCAGUCGUUAUGUCGUUAACAAGGUUAUCUUCAAGGAAAUAGGGGUAAAAGAAAGGGACCUCCUGUUCUACCCUCAACUGCCUUCUAAAGACUCUGAGUUUGGAGAGCAGAUUGGCCGUGCCUUAGAAGCAUGUUGUGUGAGACAUAGGAGAUCAUUUCUAUCUCAUCUACACAGAGAUCUACUCUUGCAGGAUCAAUGGAGUUCAUAUGGAAGUGAGCUUGCAGCAGAGUACAGACAGGUAGGAAAGAAGAUACGAGAGUUAGAAGCUCAAAUCAAAGAGGAGGAAGCUCGUCUAAUGGCCCAGGCCAAAGCUAGAGGGAGCCCUUCAGUCACAAGGCGCCGUCGAUCCGGAGCUCUGCUUGAUGCAGAAUGGGACACAAUGGCGGUGACAAGAACGCAAAAAGUUCAAAAGGUAAGGGAGAUGUGGAAGACAGUGGCUAUCUGUCAGGCUGCCCAGCGUCAAGAGCUUGAGGUGGUUGAGUCUAUCUUAGAGGGUGCCGCCAACCGGUACAGGGUGGAUGGUAGUGAACUCAGAGUACAGGUCCCAGAGAUGCUUCUUAGAGAAUGCCAUAAAGAACUAGAGAAGCGGAAUAUUGACAAUACUUAUGAAGGCGGGAAGCUGAACCUCCUCUCACUCAUACAGCUCUGGAAUCUUUCUCUCAGACUUUACCUAGAGAAGCUUCAUCAAGCUCCUAUGGCAGAUUAUGAAACACUUCAACCUGAGGUAGUGACCCAAGUCCACACCCACCAUGCUCAUCUAACCAACCUCCAAGCAUUAAGGUCUUCCAUGAGUCAAGAAGUGCUUCCAUCUGUCAGGUCUUCCAUCGGAUCAUUAAAAAGAACCCUUCAUUUAGGGCAUGAAGCACCCACCAGGCAGAGAGCUACAAAUUCAAAUGCCAUUCAUUUUUUAGGUGAUGGUCUGGGGUUGUUGCCAGCGACCCCUCCUGUAUCAUUUGAGCCAGCCAGUGCAGCUCAGGCUAGUGAUGACACUCCUACCAGGCCAAUGAAUAAAGCCUUCUGGAAAGCGUCGCCCACAGUGAACACACCUGAAGCUGUAUCGUCUCUGGUAAACAACGUGAUCCAAGCUGUGUAUAAACAGAGCCAUCUCACGCAAGGUACUCCUACCAGUACACUCAGACUACUCAGAGAACAGAUUAAUAGACCCUCAAAGUUACCCAAGGCUGCCCCUACCAAGGCCCCCACCCAUGAUAAAAUGGAGAGACGUAGAGUCAAGUCAGCACCUUGUAGAACACAGGAGCUAUCCCUGAGUGAAGAUGAAUCCACAUUGAAGCUUGAAGAGGCGUCUCCAUUCACACCCCAUCAUGCAAAGCGAGAGGUCAAGACACAGCCGAGGAAGGUUACUAAACAAAGCAAAACGGCUUCCGUUCAGAAGACUAAGAAGAAUAAACCAUCUGCUAAAAAGAAUGAGAUAAAGCCUGGGUCAUCUAAAAGUGGUAGCAGGACAGCUUCCAGCCCUUCCAUUCAUUCAAGAACACCUGUCAAUAGUCAAUCCUUGCAUCAGCAUCCCACCACAUCUGUCACAAGAGCACACCAAGACCUUAUUGAUCAGAUUGCCGAUGCAGUGGUUGGUGCGAUGAAUGGAUCUCCAGAGUGGAAAGGAUUAAUGGAGUCUCCAUUGUCCUCAUCACCAGGUCAUUCUGAAUCUCCCGUUCCUCUUGGUAUUGAAGAUCCUCUUUCUGUCCUUGAUCAAAGUGCAUUUGUGACAAAAGACAAGCUGAAGCACUCUCCAGUAUCUACCCCAUCACAUCCCAUUUCCACACCAGGAUGGCAUCCAGUCAGUCCCCUUGUCAUGUCUUCCACAACAAGCAGUGCCAGGAGUCCUGAGAGUGAUGAUGUGGCAAGUCUUGAAAUCGUGCAACAAUCGUCCUCUAUCAAGCAACGGACUAGUAAUGGCUCUCAGAAGUCUGUGACUUUCUCUGACCAUGUUGAUGAGCAUAACAUCAGUACACUUAGUUAUGGAAGCGAUCUGAAUGAUUCAUCAAUGAAUGGAGAUGUCUUUGCUUCCAACACCUCAGUCUCAAGUCCAGCCCUGCAGUCUGGGCCAGAAUUAAGCCACCUUGGUCGCAAUCGACAAACCCCAGUGAGAACAUUCCAAGCAAAUAGGGAUGAUGCGAUAGCAGAGAGUUAUCUCAGUCCUUCCCCUGAACAUCAUAAAACAGUUGGGAAAGAACACCAUAGCCCUCUGAACAAGCUCUUUACCCUUGAUGACACUAAUGAGAAUGGACAAGAUGAUUUUCUCUUGGAUACAUCAGAUCGGUUGGAAGAUCUUCUGGUGCAUGUGUCACCUUCAUUGACACCUUCAGCUACCCCCAAGUUGAAUGGUAGUAGAAUACGUGCAAGGUAUCCACAGGACAUUGAUGAUUCAUCACCAAGUCUCUCAAUUCCAGCUCGUCAGUCUGAGCCUGAAGUAAGUCAUCCAAUAUCAAAUGACCAAAUACCUUCCGAAUUUUCCUUGACAUCGAAUAGCACUUCUCCAGGAAGUGUUCACACAAGUCCUUCAUCAGAACACCGUAAAAUGCAUGAUAGAUUCACCCCAAAUGACAAGCCCUUUGCGUUGGACAAUACCUUUGAGAAUGGGGAAGACGAAUUCCUACUGGACACUUCACACAGAUUAGAAGAUCUGUUGGUCCAUGUAUCACCUUUGAUAUCACCAUCUGCAACACCCAACCUGAAUGGGAAGAGAAGUCGGAUGAGCCACCCAUCAGACACAUCCAUAAGCUCGGCUUCCAGACCAUUAGCAAACGGCAAGUCCCAUUGGACAUCUCACUCAAAUGACAGUUUUCACCUCACUCCCCCAGCAAACAUCUCCAGCCUUUCCCUCGGUGAUGUCAGCCCAUUUUCUGCAAAUGAUGCAUCGUUGCUGAAGGAUAUGUCCGGUUUAAAACUAAAGACUCCAGGUUCAAAGACCCCUUUGAGCAGCUACAAGGCGUCUCCAUCUUCUCAGAGUCCAUUUCUUCAGACCACUCCUAAGACUACACUUGACUUUGAUCUUUUAGAUGAAGAUGAUUCUGUUCUUCUACCACCAUCUCCAUACAAUCCAUCACCUUCAUCAAAGUCACCAUCAGGAUCUGUCGGUCAGCUUAUCAACUUCUAGCUUUUUCUCCAGAUGGACAGCAACAAUUAGUUAGACCUCUCCCAUUUUUGUUCUUGUGUGAAUCUAUUGUUGAGGGCCACUUCAUUAUUGAAAUUGAUGCAUUCAUACCAACAUUGCCUUGAGGGGAUUUUCCUUGGGCCCAGCUGAAAAUUUAGAUGAUUCAGAAGUUUGUUGUCUGUUCAUUUUGUUUCAUUCUAUUUUCAGCAAGAUACAAAUGAAGUGAGGCAAGGGAGAUUGCCAACAUACACACCUGGGUCCUAUAACACAAAGGAUAGCAAUUGAUCGUACGCUUGAUGUCUACGAUUGAUUGUGCAGUGUAGUCUAUGGAUUCAAUCGUAGAAAAAUAUUCUACGAUCAUUGUUAAGUUUUGUGUUACGGGACUCAGGAUAAUGUUUCAUAAAGCUGUUUGUAAUUAACGCCUUACUUUUUUAAAGACUGGUACAUGUUCUUAGGUUAUAAGUCAGCUAGUAUGGAUAUAUCAUUUUGUACCAGUCCACGUCCAAGUCAGGCAUAAAUUACAAGCAGCUUAUAUCCUUAUUCGAACCUUACCAAGCUUUGUUUUUAACUUAUUGUAUUGGUCAAAUUACACAGCAAUGAGCAAACGGUAUUUCAUACUAAACUUCUGAGGUAGAUAGUGCCUCUCUAAUUUCACUUCAAAUAAAUUUGAUCACUGCUAAGAUUGGUUAUAUAAUUAUUACAUAUAACCAGGGGUACGAGUAAACUUUGCAAACACUAAUUUUCGUGAACCCCCCCCGGUCAAUUAUAGAGGUGUAGUGAGUGUUCAAGUUUUUGAAAUUAUUGCAUUUCCUUUAGCUAUGUUUGAUGUAAUAUUUAUUAAACAUCCGAGGUGAUAACGGGCUUUGUAAAACAAAGCCUAGAUAUCUUUUUCAAAUCACAAAAUAAUAUUGAAUUUUUAAAAAACUAUGAUGGAUUUUGUAAAUAACGAUGAAUUUAUUCCAUCUCUCCCUGUAUGAUAGGGACAUGUGCACAUAUUCAAAGAAAAUGCAUCAAAUGCUUUGACUAUUCAAAUCUGUUGCAAGAAGUUUCCAUGGAAACCUUAGAUCAGAAAGAAACUCUAGAUGCUGUGAAUUUGCUUUUCUUUGGAAUGCAUUUGUUAUAAAAAAAUUUAAAAAAAUGCUGAUUUAUAUGCAGUACUGAAAUGUGAAUACUUUUGAUUAUGCAAACUGAUGAAAAAGUUAUUGCCAAGCCAAAGAUCGACCAUGUGUAUAAAAAGUGCCUUUGCUUUGCUUGUGAAAAAGGAAAAUGAUGAUUAUCAAGGAUAUUAUUCCAGGUAUUAUGUGAAUGAAUGCAUUGGAUGAAAUUCAUACAAAUUUGAUGAAACAGUAUUUGGAAUACAGAUCAGUGAUUAUUAUAAUUAGAAUUACACUUUGCCUGUACAAUUUAACUUUUUAGGUAAAUAAUAACAACUGGACUUUGCUUACAUGUAUUUCCUGUUGCUCACUAUUCUGUAGAUAUCACGAAUACACUAAAUGGUCUUGUAAAAACCUGAUUUUUUUGUGAUCUCUCAAGAAGGUACCUAAUGCUGUGCCUCUUCAUUUUUAACCCUCCCAUAUCAGCAUAUUUUAAAAGAAAUCCAAAAGGGAUUAGAGAAAACAAUGAAAUACUGCAGGCCAUGGAGCAGUUCAUGAUGACAUUCGUUAACCAACCUAAGGCUUCGUCUAAGAAAGUAACAUUAGUUUCCAAAUGUCUUUAGAAAUUCUUUAUAAUUUGAAAUGUAAUUUUAUGUAGGCACUCUAAUGCAAAACUAUAACAAGAACCAAUAGACAUAUGACAAGUGAAAUCAAAGCAAGGGAUGAGGAAGUAUAAUUCUAUUUUGGAAGUCAAAAUUUAUUGCAUGAAUAUUAACCUCAACAGGCUAUAAGUACUAUUAUCAAAUAAGGAUACAACAUUCUCAAACAAUGCAAUUUAUUUUUCACUUAAUAUUAGGUAUUCUAAUUGACUUGACAUUCUAUUUUGAAAGUCGAAAAUUAUUUUGUCUGUUAAUAAUGAACAAGAAAACAACAUUUCUAAAUAAUGCAAUUUAUAUGAUAAGUAUGAAAUAUUCCAAACUAGCAACAUGUCUUAAAAUGUAUACCAUGUUGUAAUGUAACCUUUGAUGUUGUUUACAUCUUAUGCACACUACAUUAGAACAAACAUUUUAUAGACUUUAUCCCUAAAUAUGCUGAAUGAAUUUAUCCCAUCAUUAUAAAUGAUGGGUAUUAAUCUGCAAAUUGAUAACAUAUUGAGUCAAAAUAAUUUAUCAUUUGAAAAAAAAACAUUUUGUAAUAACGAACAUGCAUAUUGUAAUAUGUGAUAUAUCAAAUGCACCGUAUUUGGAUGAAUAUUAAUUAGGUAGCAUGAUGUAACACACAUGCAUUUUUUUUUCUUAUCCUGAAAUUAAUCUACAGAAAUAUUUAGUUUGCUUCGCUUUUUUAAUGUAAAUCUGAUGAAUAUAUACUUUUUAAAUAUUGUUUAUCUUUUUUUUUGAUGACAUGUGCCUCUGCGCUUGUAAAUAAAAUAAUGCAUAAUAAA